CUCUUUUCCCCUACUUUAAUAUUCCACCAAACAACAUAAACCCACUGCCCUAAGCUAAGUAAAGCAACUCCACAAUUUUCCUCUCAGGACAACACUGUUCUGUUCUUCUUAAGAGAGAGAAAGGAACACCGAUUGACUCAUUUCUAGAGUGAGAAACUCCUACUUCAUCAUUCGUCAUGGAUUCUCAGAUCUAUGGCGUUCCCAAUCUUCUCCUCCUCACCUUCUUCACUUUUCUUGCCUUCACUGCUUCUGCAUUGCCGGCUGCGAAGCCUUCUAAUUCAGGCGGCGCCGGUGGUCAGAUCAACUCCAAUUCAGUUCUAGUGGCGCUCUUGGAUUCUCACUACACUGAGCUCUCGGAGCUGGUGGAGAAAGCCCUCUUGCUGCAGACUCUUGAAGAAGCUGUUUCCAAGCAUAAUAUUACUAUUUUUGCUCCCAGGAAUGAGGCCCUGGAGAGGGAUUUGGACCCCGAGUUUAAGCGGUUUUUGCUCGAGCCUGGAAAUCUUAAAUCUCUCCAGAAUCUGCUGCUCUUCCACAUGAUUCCCACUCGCAUUGAGUCCAGACAGUGGCCGGUGGGGCUGAGCAAGAAGCCCCUCCAUCACACUAGUCUCUGCCCUGAUGCGAAUGAUGAGAAGAUUCAGCUUCAUGAGAAAAAUGGGGAGAAAAUAGUGGGUAUCGCCAAGGUUAUUAAAUCGGAUGAUAUUAUUCGCCCCGACGGAAUCAUCCACGGCAUUGAGAGGCUACUGGUUCCGAAAUCAGUUCAGCAAGAUUUCAACGCCAGGCGGAGCUUGAGGGCCACCUCCGCCGUUCUGCCGGAGGGUGCACCGGAGGUUGAUCCCAGAACACACAGGCUGAAGAAACCAGCACCACCCGUCCCUGUCGGUGCUCCUCCAGUUCUGCCUGUUUUCGACGCCAUGGCGCCCGGUCCAUCCCUAGCUCCUGCUCCGGCGCCUGGCCCGGGCGGACCCCACCACCACUUUGACGGUGAGAGUCAGGUGAAGGAUUUCAUCCAAACCCUCCUGCAUUACGGCGGAUACAAUGAAAUGGCGGAUAUUUUGGUGAAUCUCACCUCACUGGCCACUGAAAUGGGAAGACUGGUUUCUGAAGGAUACGUGCUCACCGUCUUGGCACCGAACGAUGAGGCCAUGGCGAAGUUAACAACGGACCAGUUGAGCGAGCCCGGGGCGCCGGAGCAAAUCAUGUAUUAUCAUCUGAUUCCGGAGUACCAAACGGAGGAGAGUAUGUACAAUGCGGUAAGGAGGUUUGGGAAGGUGAAGUAUGAUACUCUUAGACUGCCGCAUAAGGUGGUGGCGGAGGAAGCUGAUGGGUCGGUGAAAUUCGGGCAGGGAGAAGGUUCAGCUUAUCUGUUUGACCCGGAUAUAUAUACCGACGGGAGAAUUUCUGUUCAGGGGAUUGACGGAGUUCUCUUUCCACCGGAGGAAAUCAAGGCUCCUAAAACUGCUCCUGUCGCCAAAAUUGUUUCGAAACCAAGAAGAGGGAAGCUAUUGGAAUUGGCAUGUUCGAUGCUUGGGGCUGUGGGUCAGGAUUCUCAUUUCUCUACCUGUCGUUAAAUCUUUAUACGCUGCAAAAAAAAAAUUGAAAAACAAAGGAAAGGAAACACAGCGAUGCAGAAUUGUAUUUUAGGAUGAAGACGAUGUAAUGUGCAUGAACAGUGGAGGAGGUGGUUGUAUUGAAGUUGUUCCUCAGAACCCCCACGCGAGAGAGCUUCUUUUUUCUUUUUCUUUUUUUUUUUGUUUUGGUAUUUUGGUAUUUUGGUAUAAAUACUCUGUAAUUACAUACCCAAUUUUUUUAUUUGUAUUUAAGUUUGUACCACCGACAGUGUACGCGAAAAAAAUAUACGGUCCUUUUGAGAAAA